AAUACAAGGGCACUUGAAACAGCAAAACCUACAGCAAGGACAACAGAGCACACUAGCAUGAACAGUUCACAGGAAUAUCAGACCGAUUUGGAGGUCAUUCUGGAAUUUCUCGAGGAGCACUACAGACAGGAAUCUAUAAGGAAACCCCUAUGGGAAAAAACAAAGGAACUCUGUGCCAUAUCAACAAGUGAAGUUGUGGACACUUCUGGAGAACAAUUCAGCAAUGCAUUAGAUAGAACAGACUCUCAGCUGCAGCUUUCUGCAUCUGUAGCUCAGCAGGUCACAGGAUCUCCAGUGGAAGCAAACAAAUAUGAUUCAUAUACAGAUUAUGGGGCAAACUGCAGUGUUACUGAAGUACACAAUCAGUCAUUAAUCCUUCACAAUGCUUUGAAUGGGCAAAAUUUAAAUGCCCUAAACGGACCAGAUAGGCCUUUAACUCAACAUUCAACACCUGAACGAAGUACUGAAUCAUGUGCCAGCAUUACACCUGCAGAGAAAGGGAAAAAGCUGCGACUUUUCCACUUCCUGUUUGAAGUGCUAGAGGACCCAGGUAUGUCUCACUGUGUGUCCUGGGUGCCAGCUUCGGCUGGUGUCUUCCGCUUUUCUGCCAGGCACAAGGAGAGAGUGGCAGAGUUAUGGGGGCAGAGGAAGGGCAACCGAAUGCCUAUGACCUACCAGAAAAUGUCCCGUGCCCUAAGAAAUUACGCCCGCUCAGGAGAGAUCAUUAAAGUGAAAAAGAAACUGACUUACCAGUUCAGUGUUGAUACUCUGUCAACUUUACGAAGUCAAAGUGGAAUAAAGAAUGCACCAUGUGGAUCUAAAUGA